AUGAAGUUGUUGCAGGCCGAAGAUUUGAGUAGCGAUGGGAUUGGUGUUGUUUCUGUAGUUGGCAUGGGUGGGAUUGGGAAGACAACUCUUGCUCAGAUUGUUUACAACGACAACAAAAUGGAGGAUUUGUUCAAGUUUGAUCUCAAAAUCUGGGUUUGCGUUUCAGACAACUUUGAUGUUUUUCGAGUGACAAAAGCAAUUCUCGAGGGAAUCACUUGUUUGAGUUGUGCGGUUGGGGAACUCAAUUUGCUCCAACUUAAGCUGGCUGAAUGUUUAAUGGAUAAGAAAUUUUUACUAGUCUUAGACGACGUGUGGAAUGAGAAUUAUGUCCAUUGGGAGGCCUUGAAGAGACCUUUAACUCAUGGAGCUCGAGGAAGUAAGAUCAUUGUCACCACACGGAACGAAAGCGUUGCCUCGAUUAUGCGCACAGUUCCUUCCUAUCAUCUGCAGCAAUUGGCAGAUGAACAAUGCUGGUUGUUAUUUGCAAAACAUGCAUUUGGCAGCACGAAUUCCAGUGGGGAAGUACAGAACCUAGAAGCCAUUGGUAAAGAAAUUGUGAAAAAGUGUCAUGGCCUACCUUUAGCAGCCAAAACAGUCGGAGGUCUCCUUCGAUCCAAAAGGGAUGUCGGUGAAUGGCGUAAUGUGUUGGAGAGCAAUCUGUGGGAUUUAUCGAAUGGCGAUGACAACAUCGUUCCUGCUUUACUCUUAAGCUACCAUUAUCUGCCUUCACAUCUGAAGAGAUGCUUUGCAUAUUGCGCAAUAUUCCCCAAGGAUUAUGAUUUCGAGAUCGAGAACCUGGUCCUAUUGUGGAUGGCUGAAGGAUUACUGUCACAAACAAUACGAAACAAGAGGCUGGAAGAUGUAGGGAUCGAGUACUUCAACAAUCUACGGUCGAGAUCUUUCUUCCAACAAUCAAGUGGCAACAGAAAGCUCUUUGUCAUGCAUGACCUCAUUCAUGAUUUAGCCAAAUUUGUCUCCCAAGGGUUUUGUUUGUUAGGGGUUUAUGAUUCUAACAACGUCCAAAAGACGGUUCGUCAUUUUUCAUAUACGAGAACUAGUUACGAUGAUUUUCAAAUGUUCGACGCCUUUCACGAAACCAAGUGUCUGCGUACCUUCCUACCUCUAAAACCCUUUCAUUGGUUUGAAAUACUACCUUACCAAGUCUAUCAUGAUCUAUUGCCAACCUUAAAAUGCUUGAGGGUUUUAACUUUAUCCAGGUAUGAUAAUAUAAAAGAGUUGCCUGCUUCAAUAGGAGACUUGCAACUUCUCCGCUAUUUGGAUAUGUCAUACACUGCAAUUAAGAGGCUACCGGAAUCCGUUUGUGCUUUGUAUAAUCUGCUGACAUUGUUAUUAGCAGAUUGUGGCUCGCUCCUCGAGUUGCCAAACCAAAUAGCAAGGCUCGUCAACUUGCGUCACCUUGAUAUUAGCGGGACACUAGGACUCAAAGAGAUGCCACUACAGAUGAGCAAAUUGGCUAGUCUACAAACACUAUCUGCAUUUAUUGUGGGGAACCAUAGUGGAUCUAGCAUUUCGGAAUUGGGGGAGCUUCAGCAACUUAGAGGCAGUCUAGCUAUUUUCAAUCUUCAAAAUGUUUUCAAUCCAAGAGAUGCUCUGGAGGCGAAAAUUAAAGACAAAGAGUACCUUACCGAGUUGCUAUUGAAAUGGAGUGGCCAUACUCUUGAUACAUCGACCGAAAGAGAUGUACUGAGCAUGCUUCAACCUCAUACAAACUUGGAAAAGUUGUCCAUCGAAUCCUACGGGGGCACGAAGUUUCCUGAUUGGUUAGGGGAUUGUUCGUUCUCAAAUAUGGUGUCUUUGCGGCUUAGCCAUUGUAAAUACUGCUUCUUCUUACCAGCAGUUGGGCAACUACCAUUACUCAAAGAGCUCUAUAUCAUUGGAUUUGAUGCAGUUGAGACGGUCGGAGUUGAGUUCUACGGAAACGGAUUAUCUACGGUCAAGCCCUUUAGGUGUCUUGAAAUUUUAUGGUUUGAGAGGAUGUUGGAGUGGAAGGAAUGGACUUUCUUUGAAAAAGAUGCUGAAGAAGGACAUUUUCCUUGUCUUCGAGAGCUUCACAUACGGAAAUGUCCCCGGCUGAGCGGGACACUGCCGGACUACCUUCCUUCAUUGAGAAAGUUAAUGAUCAUUGAUUGUCAGCAACUCAUGGUUUCACUUCCACAGGCUCCAACCAUCUAUGAGUUGCAUUUGGGAUAUUCAGAUAAGGUGUCUGUGAAGCAUAUUGUGCCUCGACUGCACAAGUUUACAAUCAGAGGAUUCUCCGCACUCGAAUCUCUACCUGCAGGGAUAAUGCAUUGCCUUCGUUUACAAGAACUGAAAAUCUGCGAUUGCCCGUUUCUGUCGACACUUCAAGAUCCUACGUUGUCGACUUUGAAAAGACUUGAUAUCAUGAGGUGCAAGAGACUUGAAUUGCCUAUGUGCUCAAGUUAUGGCUCCUUGCAAACAUUGCAGAUAUCAUUUAGCUGCUAUUCUCUAACGUACUUUCAGCUACAAUCAUUCCCCAAACUUAAUCAUCUUCAAAUAAGAGGAUGUAAUCUAAAUUCUCUUUCAAUUGCAGAGGGGCCUAAUCAGGUUCUUCCAGCUCUCAGCUCCCUCAGAAUCAGUUUAUGCCCAAAGUUCGGGUCGUUUCCUGCAGGCGGACUACACGCUCCUAAUCUCACGGUACUUGAAGUUUCCGACAGUAUGGAGCUAAAAUCACUGCCCGAAAACAUGCACUCCCUUCUUCCAUCACUCAACUCAUUGAAGAUAUGCAACUGUCCAGAACUCGAGUCCUUUCCUGCAGGUGGUUUGCCUUCGAAGCUGAACUCGUUCUCGGUCUCCUUCUGUGAAAAGUUAACAGCAAACCUCAUGGACUGGGAUUUGCAGCAGGUCAGCUCCCUCGAACACUUUAGUAUCCGGGGACAAUGUGAACGCAUUGAUUCUUUUCCAGAGGAAGGUUUCCUGCCUUCAACACUUGCAUUUCUUUACAUUGAUGAAGUUCCCAACUUGACAUCACUCAACACCAAAACACUCCAAUGUCUCACCUUUCUUAAAAAGCUUGAAAUCCGAAGAUGCCCUCGCCUUCAGUCGAUGUCCGGUCCGGAGCUGCCUGAAUCCCUGUCUGUUUUAAGAAUUGAGGACUGUCCUUUGUUGAAGCAAGGGUUGCAGGAAAAGAAAGGAGAAGAAUGGACCAAGGUUGCUUCUGUCCCCAUAGUUGAAAUUGAUGAUGAUAUGGUCAUAGCAGACCAGCUGUUUUAUGCAGAAAAGAUCCAUCAUGGUUGUAUCUUAUAG